AUGGCUGUUCAUAUCUAUCUAUCUAUCUAUCUAUCUAUCUCUGACUUUUCAUAUCUAUUUAUCUAUCUAUCUAUGGCUUUUCAUAUCUAUCUAUCUAUGGUUGUUCAUAUCUAUCUAUCUAUCUAUGUCUGUUUAUAUCUAUCUACUAUCUAUCUAUCUAUGGCUUUUCAUAUCUAUCUAUCUUUCUAUCUAUCUAUGGCUGUUCAUAUCUAUCUAUCUAUGGCUGUUCAUAUCUAUCUAUCUAUCUAUCUAUCUAUCUGUGACUUUUCAUAUCUAUCUAUCUAUCUAUCUAUCUAUCUAUGGUUGUUCAUAUCUAUCUAUCUAUGGUUGUUCAUAUCUAUCUAUCUAUCUAUCUAUCUAUCUCUCUAUCUAUCUAUCUAUCUAUCUAUCUAUGGCUUUUCAUAUCUAUCUAUCUAUGGUUGUUCAUAUCUAUCUAUCUAUCUAUCUAUCUAUCUAUCUAUCUAUGUCUGUUUAUAUCUAUCUACUAUCUAUCAAUCUAUCUAUGGCUGUUCAUAUCUAUCUAUCUAUCUAUCUAUCUAUCUAUGGAUGUUCAUAUUGAUGUAUCUAUAUAUCUGUCUAUUCAUAUCUAUCUAUCUAUCUAUCUAUCUUAAAAUGUAUAUAAUGGCUGUUCAUAUCUAUUCAUCUAUCUAUCUAUCUGUGGCUUUUCAUAUCUAUCUAUCUUUCUAUCUAUCUAUGGUUGUUCAUAUCUAUCUAUCUAUCUAUCUAUGGAUGUUCAUAUCCGUGUAUCUAUAUAUCUGUCUAUUCAUAUCUAUCUCUCUAUCUAUCUAUCUAUCUAUCUAUCUAUCUAUCUAUCUAUCUUAUAGUGUAUAUAAUGGCUGUUCAUAUCUAUCUAUCUAUCUAUCUAUCUCUCUAUCUAUCUAUCUGUGGCUUUUCAUAUCUAUCUAUCUUUCUAUCUAUCUAUGGCUGUUCAUAUCUAUCUAUCUAUCUAUCUAUGGAUGUUCAUAUCCGUGUAUCUAUAUAUCUGUCUAUUCAUAUCUAUCUAUCUAUCUAUCUAUAUGA